AUGGGCAAAGAGAAGAAGAAAAAUGGCAAAAAGGGAGAAAAAGCUGCCAUACACGAACCCAUUCAGGAGUCCACUGCUUCUUUACAGUCAGUGGGUGGAAAUCAACUUGAGAAUCAUCAGGCGAGUUCGCUACCCCACGAAGAGCCCAAACCCUGCGAGGAACCCCCACCCCCUGAACCCGUGGAAUACGAAGAGCCCAUUCUCACACAACUUAUUGUAGAAAGCUAUGAAGGAGAAAAAGUCCAUGGGUUGUAUGAGGGAGAAGGUAUAGCAAAAUUCCAAGGAGGAAAUGUAUAUCAAGGCAUGUUUUCAGAAGGACUCAUGCAUGGAAAAGGAACUUAUACAUGGGCUGAUGGAGUGAAGUAUGAGGGAAACUUUGUGAAGAAUGUGCAGAUGCAUCAUGGCAGUUACACUUGGCCCGACGGCAGCGUCUAUGAAGGCGAGGUGAAGAACGGCAUCAGGCAUGGCUUUGGCAUGUACAAGUGCGGCAGCUAUCCAGUGUCAUAUAUUGGCCAGUGGUUUGAAGGCAAGAGACAUGGCAAGGGCACCAUUUAUUACAACCGGGAAGGCUCUUCCUGGUAUGAAGGGGACUUUGUAAACAAUAUCAAAAGUGGAUGGGGGAUAAGAUGUUACAAUUCUGGCAAUAUUUAUGAAGGCCAGUGGGAGAGAGGCGUGCGUCAUGGCGAAGGUCGGAUGAGAUGGUUGACGACAAAUCAGGAAUAUACUGGGCAGUGGGUGAAUGGAAUACAGCAUGGGUACGGUACCCACACUUGGUAUCUGAAGAGAAUACCUGGGUCACAGUAUCCCUUGAGGAAUGAGUUCAUGGGAGACUUUGUCAACGGGGACCGCCAUGGCCAUGGAAAAUUCUUCUUUGCCUCUGGAGCCAUGUACGAUGGACAAUGGGUUUUCAAUAAAAAGCAUGGCACGGGUAAGCUUGUGUUCAAGAAUGGGCGUGUGUACGAAGGUGAAUUUGUAUAUGAUCAUAUAGCAGAGUACCCAGCUUUUAAGAUUGAUGACAUGAAUGCACAGAAUCUGAGCGGCAUUUGCACUCCGAAUCCUUUUGGCACUGAAAGUAUCAGAGUGGUUGACGGCCCAGGAAGUUUGCCUGUACUUGGAUCAACCAUCGAAAUAGACAUAUCAACCUUGUUGGCUAUAUUUCCAGAAAAAGACAGGGCAGAAGAAAUCAAACAGACAGAGUUUGCCGUGCUGAGGCAUAUCUCAGAACUGAGGAAAAUCUACACCUUUUACAGCAGCUUAGGGUAUGACCACUCUCUUGACAACACCUUCCUGAUGACCAAGCUUCAGUUCUGGCGCUUCUUAAAGGACUGCCGGUUCCAUCAUUGCAACGUUACCCUUGCCGAUAUGGAUCGGAUCCUGAACGAUAAAAAUUUACUUGAAGAGAUUCACUCCCCUUAUGAGACGAUGCUGCUUCGAAUGUUUUUGACUUACCUGAUAUAUUUGUCAUUCCACAUCUAUCACAAGGAGUUUGGUGAUAAGAGUCCUCGUCUGUUCAAGUGCUUCUCCAAAAUGAUGGCUAAGAACAUCCUCCCCAAUGCCUGUCAAAUAAAAGGCAUCUUGUUCAGUGAACGGCAAGAAACAGUCUACGCGAUCAAUUACAUCGACAGGUGCUGGGAGAUUUACAGAGAUUUCUGUAGACCAAACGCCUUAGCCCCUUAUGAGCCUACUAUGAAAAUGCGGCAUUUCGUCUGGAUGCUGAAAGAUCUAAGACUCAUAAACAAGCAAUUAACUGCUACACAAAUUGUGGAUAUUCUGGCGAAAGACAGUCCUUUUGUCCGGGAUGGAGAUUACAUCAAUUUGGAGAAAGAGCUUGUUUUCUUGGAGUUUUUUGAAGCUCUCCUUGACUGUGCAGUGCUUUAUGUCACCGAUGAAAUGUUGAAGCAGCAGGCGGAACAGGCCAGCCAGCUGGGAAGCAGCAGCCAACCGAGCAGCUACUCCGAAGGAGCCAAGAUUUCUUCUCUGACUCAGGAGCUGUCUUCUCGUCAGUCAUUUCAGACCAGAAGUACAAGCAGUGGCGAAACAAGCAAUGAAACUGGUUACACGGCCGCUGGCUAUGUUAGCACCAAGUCUUCCGCAAGCAGGAUUGUGCAUUUUGUUGACGCUUCGAAAACAAAGACAAAGAAAAAAUCCAAGGAUGGUGGGAAAGAGGAGAAAACGUCCCAGCACAGUUCGAAAUCCCCCCAUCGAUCAAGAGCAAGCUCUGUACAAGGAAGUAAUGCAGCUACAACUCUGAACGUCACCUUCAUCUCUGAUGUAAUGCCUGCAGAUGACAAAGAGGAAACAGGAGCUCAGACUCUGCCAGGCCCAGAAGAGGAGCACAUCUCCCUUCUCACAACUCCUCUAAAAGAAUUAGCUGAAAAACUGGAAAAAGCCAAAGAUGACAUUAAGGACCAACUCAGUUUGUGGAUGAGUCGCAUUUAUAUCUUCUUUGUGAGCAAUUUUUUUGCUAACUAUAAGCACUUGCAAGUGGUGAAAGAGACCAUUUUGGACAACCGGGUGCAGGAGGCGGAGCUGGCCGAGCGGAGGAGGAUCGAGGAGGAGGAGGAGGAAGCUCGGCUUUAUGCUAUGUGGGAAGCAGAAGAGGCCAGAAAGCUGGAAGAAGCAGCAGCAGAAAAAGCGGCCCUGGAGCAUGAGGAAAGCUUGAGCAAAGAGGCCGAGGAGGGAAUGGUCCAGAUACAAUCACCCCCAAAGGAAGAGUCUCCAGUUUUGCCCCCAGUACUGCCAAGCAGUAAAGCUGCGACUGCAGGGAAGAAAAAGAAAAAAUAAUGGAGCUGCGUGCCUGUCAAAAAUUCCCUUUUGGAAUCACAGCAUUGCAGUAUGGACAUCAGCAACAAAUUAUUUCUAUGAAAUUAUGAGGAGUAAACAUCGAAACCUCUUCAGAGGUCUUCCAGCAUCUCUGAUCAAAUUUAAAUGCAACCAGUGUUGAGUAAUCGUGUGGAUCCACAAGUAACAUUAACGCCUCAACUUAUAAAGUUCAGAUAAAAAGUACUGGAGUUUCACACUGACUUGCAAGUAAAAUGUGUAGGAAUUAGACGAGACACUUAUUCCAGGAUGUUUUCCCCCUUAAACAUUGAAAACGUUGAUUCUUUGUGGUAGUGAUGCUGUAUCAGUCUUGGGUCCUAUGCAUGUUUAAGUAAUUUCAUGAAAUUAAAACAAACUAUUUAGGGACUCUAAUUUGGUACCCUGCUGCCUUAAUCUAAGUGAACUUUCUAGUCUUCAUGGUUGGGAGUGUGGAAUGAAGGCCCAGCAAUCUGGGCAGAAUAAAAUGUCAAUAAAUGUGUAUAGUUUUGAUUAUUGAAAAAAUAACUGAGCAACCUCCGUAAUUGUCUGGAAGGAGAGCUUGCCCGCAUCUACCAAGAACAUUACAGCUGUUGUCCCAAAACAUUCAUGUCACAGUACUUGUCUCAGAUGGCAAAGGAUAGGAACCACCGAUGUGAGAAACUGCUCUUAUGCUCAUGAUCCCCCUGCCAGAGGAUCAUAGAAGCUCAAGGAGACACUGAAUUUAUCCAUCCUGCCAUAAAGAAAGAUUAUCCAGUCUUUCCUUCUUCCCAAAAUCAAUAUACUACAUUGCCUGGAAUUAGUUCGAAGCAGGCCUGUGCAAUUCAAGAUCCAGAAGACAACCUUUGCAUAUCCCCCAGGCUCACGAAACU